AUGAAAAUCGACCUUGUCUUCCUUGCUUCUCUCUGUGCCAACAGUGCACUCGUUUCUGCCCUGCCGGCCGAUACGACUGAUACGGCUCUUCUUCUUCUACACGAUGGCACCACACAGACUAUCCACAAGAGAGACCUAGCUGCCAAUCUACCUGGAGUCUCUCUGUCUCCACCUACCAAUUCUUUGCCGAAAUUCAUUGAGACUGGAUCUAAUGAUUCCACUCCUUCACAACGUCUCAGCAAGCGCUCUGGUGCCCAAUUCAUCAUCCCUCUUGCUGAUGAGAAAUUCCUCGGCUGGGACAUCGCAAUGUCUAGCAUCGUGCAUGCAAACGAAGCCGAUGCCACCGCUUCUAUGGCACAAGGCCAGUCCAUCGCGAACAGCAUCUCGGUUGGCACCACGAUGACCGCCACGGUCGAAAAGUUCCUAUCAGUCGCCACUACCAUCACCUACCAGUACACCGAAACGGCUACUCUCACUGGCACUGUUACCAUGACAAUUCCCAAGAACAAAUGGGGUGCGAUUAUUAGCAAUCCCUUGACCAAUCGCAAACGGGGAUACGUAUUCAAUGGACAGCCCGGAAGUGGACAGUACGAAUACUAUCAGGCGGAUUCAUAUACCCAGGACACUUAUUCCUAUGGACCGAAUUCCUUGUCCUGGGUAAAGGGUGUUGUUACAACUUGCUUGGGAGACUCUUACCCCCUGAAGCGCUGCCUGGGAGAUGGUUCUUUGGAGUAA